AUGGCAGUGAAAGGAUUGGGCAAACCCGACCAAGUAUACGAUGGAUCGAAUGUCAAAGUUGGUAUUAUUCAUGCUCGUUGGAAUAAAGAGAUCAUUGAUGCCUUAGUAAAGGGUGCCAUUGAUAGGAUGCUGAGUCUAGGCGUUCAGGAACAAAACAUCAUUGUCGAGACUGUUCCUGGUUCCUUUGAGCUCCCCUACGCUACUAAAAGAUUUUGCGAAAUGUCUCAAUACGACGUGGUCAUUCCAAUUGGGGUUCUAAUCAAAGGUAGUACCAUGCAUUUCGAGUACAUCUCUGAAUCUACAACCCAUGCUUUGAUGCGUCUUCAAGAGUCAAUAAACACACCUGUCAUUUUCGGGUUGUUGACUUGUCUGACCGAACAGCAGGCUUUAGCAAGAGCCGGCUUAGACGCGGCUAAAUCAAUGCACAACCACGGUGAAGACUGGGGUGCUGCUGCUGUAGAAAUGGCGGUGAAAUUCGGAGCUAGAUUUCAAAAAUAG